AUGGCCUCCGCCACGCAAAUCGAUCAAGAUGCCGAGCUCGUCUACAACUACCACCACAUGGGCAUGGCCCUCAGCCCCGCCGACGUCAUCUUCUGCCUCGGCAGUCUCGACACGCGCGUCGCCGCCCGCGCCGCCCAGCUCUACCUCGAUGGCCUGGCGCCCUACGUCGUAUUCUCCGGCAACUCGGGCAAGCUGACGCACGACGUGUUUGACCGGCCCGAGGCCGACAUCUUUGCCGACGUUGCGCGCGGUAUGGGGGUGCCCUCGUCGCGCAUCCUCACCGAGCCCGCGGCGACCAACACGGGCGAGAACGUGCGCUUCACGCACGCGCUGCUGCGGGAGCGCGGCGUGCACGCGCACUCGUUGAUCCUAGUCCAGAAGCCUUAUAUGGAGCGCCGCACGUUUGCGACGUUUAAGAAGCAGUGGCCGGACGAGACGGCGAGCAUCACCGUCACCUCACCGCAGCUGAGCUUUGCCGAGUACCCGGACGGGGCGAACCCGAGGCAGCUGGUGAUCAAUGUCAUGGUGGGGGAUCUGAUGCGCAUACAAAGGUAUCCGGCGCUGGGGUUUCAGAUCGCGCAGGAGAUUCCACCGCUGGUGAUGGAGGCGGCGCAGAGGCUGAUAGCGGAGGGCUACGAUAAGCACCUUCCAUGA